AUGGAGACGCCGCCGAUCAUAGAGACGCAAUGUAAUUUACGAAAAGAAAUUCAUCCUGAGAACUUUGGAUCAUCCAUUACAGAUUUAAAUCAAGCGUCAAAUGCAAUGGAAUCACAUUCAGAAGCAGUAAUUAAAGCACAAAAAUUACAAACUGAGGCGUCGGCACAUGCAGACCAGGCAACCAGGCUAAUGCAGCAACACUCAGAACCGGAUUCUACACCAUCUUCGACUACUGUCCGUGAUUUUACGGAACUUGACACUAUUCGUGCAAUUCGUGAACGAACAUUUUCACAUUGGCCUCAUAAAGUACCAUCUAAAAAACAAAUAAUCGAAGCGGGAUUUUUUGGUUGUAAUGUAGGUGAUCGUGUCAUAUGUAUUUAUUGUAAUAUAAUAUGUCAACAGUGGAUGGCUCACUCGGAUGAUCCAGCAGAAAUACAUAAAACAUUAUCUCCCAAUUGUUCUUAUGUGAAGUCAGUUUUAGGAAAAAACAUAUUAUCAAACAAUAUUCGAAUUGUGAAUGAAAUAAUUGACCCAUCGUCGCAGAUGACCUCAAUGAAUGAUAAUAUUAGUCCUGCCUCUACAAGUUAUCCAUUACAUUGUGAUGAAAUUGUAUUAACAGCGGCAUGUAAUGUAUCAUACAUAGAAAUUCCAAAACGACAAGCAUCAUUCGCUACAUGGUCGAAUGAAUUAUUACCAUCAGUGGAUGAUUUAGUCAAAUCUGGAUUCUACUAUACAGGAGUAAAAACAAUAGUGACGUGUUUCUAUUGUAACGGUUCGUUACAAAAUUGGGGACAGACUGAUAAUCCGAUGGUUGAACAUGCCCGUUGGUUUCCUCAUUGUGCCUAUGCUAGACAACUUUGUGGAGAUUAUCUUUAUCAAAAAAUUCAAGACGCAAAACUAGCUACACAAGAAUUCUCAAGAGAAAAAGAACAGGAAUUAAAAGGGUUUUCUAUAUCUAAUAUAAAUGGGAAUUCAAAGAGUAACAACAGCGUUAAUGGUUCAACGAUGAAUAGAACUGUUUCGAAAAUAUUAGACGAGGCUACAUUAUCAAAAUUAGUGGCGGCUAGAUUAGAUUUACCGAUUUCACAAAGUUUAUUGAGCAAAAAGUUCAAACUAUCAAUAAUAAAACGUUGCUACGAAGAUCAAUUGCGUUUGAAACAUGAUGACUUUGUAAGUGACAGUGAUUUACUGCUAGCAUGUGUAAUACUCCAAAAACAAAUUGAUUAUAUCGAUGGAAAGACAGAAAAUAUUAUUAUACCAAGUAUAUAUAUGAAAAAAGUACGAGAGCACGCCACAAAAAAGGCAAUGGAGACAGAAAACAAUGAAUCACAAAAUGGCCAACUUUCUGCUUUGUCUUCGUCUGCAAGAGAUGCUAACGUGAUUGCGCUGACUAACGAAUCGUGUACUUCAACUUCUACCGCAUCGUCAAUGGACUUAUCUUCUGUUGCUAAACCGACAACCAAGCCACAAGGCAAAAUAAAACAACAAGACCAAGCGAACGAUGUAUCAAAUCUAUGCGUAAUUUGUUUCGCAGAUGAAAAACGAUUAGCUUGUAUACCUUGUGGACAUUUGGCAACGUGUGUACCGUGUGGUCAUUCAUUAAGAACUUGUCCCAUAUGUCGACGAGAUAUUGACGCAUUUGUCCGAGUAUAUAUUUAA